AUGCCAAAGAGAGAAAUUAUUGGUUUACUUACCGCCCUGGGCCUCUGUGCCCAGGUGGCCAAAGGUCAGCUCGACCCGGACUGCAACCCGCUCAAAGCGGACUGUCCGACGAAGAAGGCUUGGCCGCAGGCCAACUAUCACAUCGACUUCACGAAGGAGACGUCGGCCCCGCCGAACUGGAUCAUCGCCAACUAUGAAGAAGUCAAGUUCGGACCGAAGGGAGCCGAGUUCACGUACGGCGCGAGGAACGACGCGCCGAAUAUGUGGACCGACUUCUACAUGCUGGGCGGGCGCUACGACGUCGAGAUGCAGAUCGCGCCCGGGCAGGGCAUCAUCAGCAGCGCCGUGCUGUGGUCGGACAUCCAGGACGAGAUCGACUGGGAGUUCUCCGGCAACCAGCACGGCGAGCAGCCGUUCCCGCCGGCCGACGGGCUGUGGACGGUCGAGACGAACAUCUUCGCGCAGGGCAAGAUGUGGGACGGCGCGGCCACGUACCAGAAGGACUCGGUGAGCCCGACGACGCAGUUCCACACGUACUCGGUCGACUGGGACGAGAACCACAUGGACUGGCUGGUCGACAACAAGGUCGUGCGCAGCGUCAAGGCCACGGACACGCCCAGCGGAUUCAACUUCCCCCAGUCCCCGAUGAAGCUCCAGCUUGGACUUUGGGGCGGCGGUGAUCCGGCCAACAGCUACUGGACCAUCCAGUGGGCCGGCGGCGAGAUCGACUUGAAGAGCGUUCCGUACAGCAUGUACGUGCGGAGCGUCAACAUCACUAACAAGUAUCCUGCGUGCCAGUACAAGUACACGGACAGGAGCGGGAAAUUCGCCAGUAUCGACAAGAUCCAGGAUGGCUGCAAUUCCUCAUCGAGCUCCGCCGCUGCGGCCGCCACGCCCAAAAUCAUCAAGGAUUCGGCUCCUGUCAGCUCAUCUGCUAUGUCCGAGAUGCCCAUGGCCAGCAGCUCCCAGAGUGCCGCCGCCGUCAUUUCACCGGCUAUCCAUCUCGCCGCUGACCAGUCCUCAGCCGGCUCCUCGAGCGCCGCGGCCGCGGCGUCGUCCGUUCCCGGUGGCGUCGUGUCCUCAUCAUCGUCUUCCGCGGGUGUAGCGGCCCCUUCGUCAGCAUUUUCAUCUGCGGGGGCUUCUUCUUCGGUGCCGACUUCAAGCGGUGGUAUCCUGAGUAGCAUAAGCUCUUAUAUCCUGGGAACGAGCAGCAGCGCGGCGCCCUCGUCGGGAAUAUCAUCAGGGGCCUCGUCAUCAGGCUUGAGCGAGUCGAGCUCGGCAGCGGGCUCAAGCUACCCAGCAUCGUCAUUGGCUGCCUCCAGCUCUAUCCCAGGCAGUAGCUCGGGCAGUUCAGGUCUUUCUUCCAGCGUCGGGGCAUCCAGCUCGGGUGCCGCCAGCUCAGGAAGCGGCUCGAGCUAUCCCGCAUCGUCCUUCGGUGCGUCCAGUUCUGCGGCCCUCUCCUCCAGCUCCGGUGUACUGUCUGGGAGCUCCGGUCCAUCUUCCGGCGUCCCAGAGUCUGCCUCUGCCAAUGCAACUUCAGGGGCAGCAGCCAGUUCCGGAAUAUCAAGCUCAGCCGCCGUCAGUGGCAGCGUCUCCGCACCGCUGUCCUCCGGAAGCGCUGUCCCGAGCGGAAACAGCAGCAGCGCCGCAGAUGCUGUCGUCGCGAGCACAACUUCCACUGUCUACUCGACCAACAUAUACACGGUCACCUCCUGUGCGCCUACUGUGACGAACUGCCCCGCCGUUCUCGGAAAGGUCACUACUGAGCUGAUCUCUAUAACGACGACCGUUUGCCCCGUCACCGAGGCGGAGAGUGCGAAGCCUACUGGCUCUAGCUCUGUGGACGCAGUCACUUCCUCGAAACCUGUAGGCUCCAGCUCCGUUGCGGCGGUCAGUUCUUCAGUGCCUGCUGGCUCCAGCUCCGCGGCGGCAGUCAGUUCGUCAGUACCAGUGGGCUCCAGCUCCGUGGCGGCAGCCAAUUCUUCAGUGCCCUUGGGCUCCAGCCUAUCCACAGUCAUGUCCUCGGUAUCGGCCGCGAUAUCCUCGGCCGUCUCGGCCAGUAUCUCCUCCCUGAACAGUACAGCCGCUGCUCAGACUUCGGCCAUUCAAUCGGAGACGAUGCCCACGACGUACAGCGUCAGCUCAGAGAUCACCACGUCCACGAUGUCGACGGUCUAUUCCACCACCGUCUAUACCGUUACUUCUUGUGCCCCAACAGUCACAAACUGUCCUGCCAAGCUGGGCCAGGUGACCACGGAAGUGGUGUCUCUGUACACCACCAUCUGCCCAGUCACCAAGACCGUGCUGGAUGGCAAGACUUUCGGAGGAAGCGUCGUGGCAGCGGUGACUGCCACUCCUACAUCCUCAUUCCUUGCUCAGAGUGUUGCUGUCAACUCCACUCAACCCGCGACUUCGGGCAGUUCCAGCAUCCCUGUCGCCAGCUCCAGCAUCCCUAUCACCAACUCCAGUAUCCCGAUCGCCAGCUCUAGUAUCCCUCCCACUAGCUCUGCCAGCCCCGUCAGCAGCAGCUAUGUGCCCUCGGUGGGAACAUCUUCGUCGGUCUCGACCUCCAACGUUGUAUUCGCAAACACAACAUCGUCUUUGGUCGAAGCCAUGUCGACAGCGGCGACCAUGGCAGCCUCCUACUCAUCGACCGCUCCCUCCAUCGUUCCGCUGACAACCUCGACAGUGUACUCGACCAACAUCUAUACCGUUACGUCUUGUGCCCCAGAAGUCACAAACUGUCCCGCCAGGCUGGGAAAGGUGACUACAGAGCUCGUUUCAUUGUACACGACCAUCUGCCCGGUUACACAGGUUGAGUCUGCAAGCUCUUCAGCCACGCCCGUCAGCAUAGCGCCAUCGUCGUCGUCGUCGUCGCCCAAGCUCUCGUCGAUUGUUGCCCAGAACAGCUCGAUAGCUUCCACCGCUCCCGUGGCAAUAUCACUGACUGCUGCCAUGACAGGAUCAUCAUCUGUUCCCGUGACAUCUUCGGCUGUCCCUAUGACGACAUCCACUGUGUACACCAGCAGUGUAUAUUCGAAGAUGGGUUCGAUCACAACAGAGAUGGUUGCGCUGUACACGACUGUGUGCCCCGGGAAGGAAGCAGAGUCCUCGGCAGUGCCGGUCCAGCAACAGUCUUCAGCAUUGCCCGUGACAUCAAUACCCCCUGUGACUUCAACCGUCAUGGCACCGUACAACUCAUCCGUCAAAGCGGCGUCUUCCACCCUAGCAGUCACAGGCAGCUCCAGUGCUCCCUUCGCCGUCCCCCUGAACACCACCAAGGCAGCGCCCUCGUACACCACGUCUACCGUGUACUCGACGAACGUCUACACGGUCACAUCCUGCGCCCCGGACGUCACGAACUGCCCGGCCAGGAUCGGUGCCGUCACGACUGAAAUCGUCGCUGUUUCCACAACCGUCUAUCCCGUGACAGAACAAUCCGCAGCCCCGGUCGUGACAUCCGCAGCUCCGGUCGUGACAUCCGUGCCUCCGGUAGUAGGCCAGGAAGCGCCCGCAACGAAGGCCAUCCCGUCCAGCGCCAUUGCAUCCUCAGUACCCGUAGCCGACGUCCCAAGCUACAGCAUGAGCGAAUUCGAAAGCACCAUGACCAUGGCCUCCUCCGCGCCCCCGGUCGUCGCCGGCAGCUCCUCCCCCACCGACGCCGACGUCAUCAUCGCGACCCAAGCGACCGCCGCGCAGCAGAACACCCUCCCCUCUUCCGCAGCCGCGACCACGCCCGUCGACAAAGCCGUGCCCACGACCCCCGAGGCCGUCACCGCCAUGACAUCGUCCGUCACCAACGUCCAGACCGUCUACCAGAGCCUGUCGCAGGUGGCCCAACAGUCGUCGCAGGUGGUCCAACAGCAGGUGGCGAGCGAGUGCCCCGUCUGCGCGCCGACGACCGUGUACGCCACAACCACCGCCACAGCCGCCGCCGUCACCGUUACCGCCACCGUCACACAGACGGUCGCGACUACCGUCACGAGCACCGUCAUGCCGCCCUUCCCGAUGUCCUACGGCACGGGCACGGGCACGGGCACGGCUCCGCUUGGUACUGGCACCGGCGUGUUGGGUUAUUCGGCAUCGGCAUCGGCUUCCGCUUACGCUUCGGAUGCUGCGAGCAGUAGCGACGCGGCUAUGAGUAGUACGGAUGCCUCCAUUGAUGACACGAGCGCUACGAGUACACAUGCUUCCGUGGACAGCAUGAGCGCUACGGAUACUUCCAUGCCCAUGAGCACCGCGCCGAUGCGUAGGUGGUUCAGGAGAGGCAACGCCCAUGGGCACGGCUAUAGGCAUUGA